AUGCCACACCCAAGCCUCGAAUACACCACUGUCCAGCCCCCACUAGACACGUACCCCCAAAAUGCAACAAGAAACAACGCCAACGGUACCGACACCGACGUGCUUGAACGCAUGAAAAUCCGUGAAAUCUGCGAAGGAUGGGGCAUGUACCGCGACGCAGCAGAAUGGCAGAACUACUCCUCCAUGUUCCACCCUGGCGCAUACAUUACAACAUCAUGGACCCAAGGCCGUCUUGACGACUUCAUCGCCUCGUCCAAAGAAGGAUUUGAGAAACAGACACCGCAUGGUCCCUUUCCGUAUAUUCUGCAUAGGAUCUGUGGGCAGACAAUCGACAUCCAGGGUGAUCGGGCGAUUAGUAAGAUGAAAGUCACGAUUACGUGUCGUAUUAUGCUUGACGAGAUUGAGAUGGACAAUGAAGCUGAUACCCGCUUCUUUUUCUUUCUGUCCAAGAACAAGCAAGGGCAAUGGGGUGUGGACUUUAUGACACUGCUUUUUGACAAGGAUAAGAUGGUUCCUGUUGUUCCUGGCAAGGCGUUUGAGAUACCAGAGGAAGAGGCGAAAAAGUAUCCGAGUGGAUAUCGCUACCUGGCCUGGGCAGAGAGCAAAGCGGGAAGACCGCCAAAGAUAGAUCUCAACGCGCACGGACCGGAGAGAGACAUCUUGUAUGGCAAGUGUAAGACAUGGCUGGAGGGAGGGGAUGUGAAGCCCAACCUUACAGGACAUGAUGUUGUGGAUUACUAA